UGUUUAAUAAUGACAUGUUCUAUGCAUAACCUUAAAACACGUUAACGUUGCUUAAACCGGUUUCUCUUUAAAUUAAUUAAAAAUGAAUAAUAUCUUGAAACUUGUUACCAGAAUUAAUGGGAUUAGAUUAUUUUUACAUCCGGGAAAUAAUGUAGUUCAUAAAAUUAAUGCCCAACAACGACAAAUAGCAAGAAACCUUUGGUACAUGUGCAAUUCUAAAAAUGGUAUAACAACGUUUGCUGAAAAUAAGCACAGUAACUUGUGUAGUUGUGGCUGUAAUAUGACAAAACAUGGAGUUCACAGUAAAGGUGAACGGGAACUUGUUGAGUUUCUUACUGAGGAAAUAUUAGCUGAAAAGAAAGCCCAAAAAGUUAAAACAGUGCCAACUGAGUUGGAUGGAUUUAAAGCUAAUUUAAAUGGAGCCGAAGUAACUUUAACAAAAACCAUUGAUAAUGAAAUGUAA